UUUGUUACAAUUCUAACCUUGUCGCAAGGCGGACAUGGUGGCAGGCAUGGCAGUAUAGGUGGGGCAGGACACGGUUCUGGACAUGGUCUCACUGGAGCCGGACAAGGCGAGCAGCCCCCACCAGGACACACGGAGCAUAUCCCCAGGUCGUUGCGGGACGCGGCGCAGGGUUUCGUAGAGUAUGGAUAGCAAGCCCCGCAAGGAAGCCCUGUGCAAACACAAGGGUCAAAACUGUAGAAAGGAGCACUCAUUUUGCCUUUUGCUGUUUUUAAUGUAAUAAAUUUUUUAUAAAAAAAAAAAUACAAAAAUUUGCUAAAUAUGUACAGACUUCAGAGAACACAGGUUUUUGACAAAUAAAAAUGAUUAUCAAAUGACUUACUACUUUUUUAUGUUCGGUCUUUGAAUUUUUGGAGCUGGCUGAAAUAAAUCUUCUGUCACAAAAAUUGUCAAUCACCUAAAACAAUUGUCAUAAUGACUUGAAAGCAAAAUCUCAAAAAAUCACAAAAUUAAAAUUAUAAAUUAUUAAGUGUAUUAAAAUUAUGUGCUCUUGUCCGUGUUUUUGUCCGACUUGUCCAGCUAUUCUUCCGUGUGGUACUGGACCAUGUCGGUUUACGUGUCCACCACCUCCUGCGUGCUGUCAACCGUGUUGUCCACCGCCGGUACCCUGCACUCCAUGCCCGCCGUGUAACUGUCGACCAGUGUUUCGACAAUGUCCAGCGCCUGUCAUACCGGACUUGGUCCCUCCGAUCGUGCCUAUGCUGCCGCCUUGCAAGCCUCGUCGCGCACCUCCAUGUGAUCCUCCGCCGCAUCCACCACCAUGUCCAGUGUGUUGUCCACCAAUAUUGCCUUGCUGUCCUCCACCUGAACCAUGCGAUCCGCCACCAAUUCAACCUUGUCCAGAGCCGACACCAUGUUAUCAGCCAGUAUUACCUUGUUGUAAUCCACAAUGUCCUCCGCCGAUACUUCCAAAACAACGUCCAAUAUGUCCCAGAGCACCCCCAGCUCCGUACCCUUGCUUACCUGUUUGUCGGAGCUGUUGUUUAGACUGCGAGUUGGAUCCAGUAACACGACGAAGGCCACUGAUCGUCCAUGACAGCGUGUUCCAGAACAGACCUUCGGGAUAUCCAGCGGAAUGCUUUACUCGACGUAACCCCAACGUGCGGUAUAGCGUCUCAAACUACGUGCGACAAGGUCCACAAGCCGGCUGCUUUUACCCUGUGCCAGUUCCUUUGAGGUAGCAUUACGAUUCAGUUCGUUUGUGCACGUGAAUAUUGUAACGUUUAGAAUUUGUUAAAUAGAAAUGUUCUAAAUAUGGAAACAUAAUGUUUUAUAUGAAGUUCAAAAUAAAUACUUUUUUUGCAUA